GUUCAUGCCCGUGAGAAGGCAGUAUUAUUGUGCCUUGGCAUCCACAAGUUGGAGAGAAACGAAAGAACCCUCUCCAGUCUAUCUCUCUCUCUAAAAAGCUGAAGAAGACAACAAAAGGGUCGAAGCCUUUAAACUUGAGCAAAGUCAACAGUAUUGGGUUUCUCAAUUCUCUUGCAGAAAGAUGGAACCACCCUCAAAACAACUGCUAAAAUAACCAGCAAGAGAGAGAGAGAGAGAGAGAGGAGAGAUGGGUUCAGAUGCAUUGUCCUCCCAUGAACGCUUGAACUUCAUCAUCAACGAAUCAAAGGCUUCGUCAACCACAUACAGGAGCAAGAAUAAUUACGACACUGGCAGCUGCUCCUCCGCCGUGCCACCACCGGAAACAACCAAUUCGCUGGAGGUGCAAGGCCGCAAGAAGAGGAGGAAGAGGCCAAAGGCAUGCAAGAACAAAGAGGAAGCGGAGACUCAGAGAAUGACACACAUUGCAGUUGAGAGGAACCGGCGCAGACAAAUGAAUGAGCAUCUCGCAAUGCUGCGCUCUCUCAUGCCGGACUCUUAUGUCCAAAGAGGAGACCAGGCGUCGAUCGUUGGUGGAGCAAUUGAAUUCGUGAAGGAGCUUGAACACAUCUUGCAGUCACUUGAAGCCAACAAGGCGUCGUCUCAACUACUGCUCGAGAACAAACAUACUCACCUCAAGUGUACUACCACGUCCCGUGACCACGAUGAUGCAAAGCAGCCAUUUCCUCCCAACACACCUGAGUUGUGCAGCUGCUCUCGUCAUAACCCAUUGAGCAGUAAGUACACGUCCCAUAGGAAAGCAGCAGCCGUUGCGGACGUACAAGUGACCUUAGUCGAAGCCCAUGCAAGUAUUCGGAUCGUUUCCGGCCGACGGGUUCGGCAGCUCUCGAAGCUUGUGGCUGCCUUUCACUCUCUCUUCCUCAAUGUGCUUCAUCUCAAUCUCACCACUUCCCAGUCAUUCAUCCUUUACUCCAUUAGCGCCAAGGUUGAAGAAGGUAGCCCGUUGAGUUCAGCAGAGGACAUAUCCGCUGCACUUCACCACAUGCUAAGGAUAUUAAUUGAGGAGGAGGAAGCUUCUGCUACUGUUGCUGCCACUCUCCCUUAAUUAUCAACCUUAUCAAUAUUCCACCUAUAUAUAUAUAUAUAUAUAUAUAUAUUAGCAUUAUUUUUUUAUUUUUUUUUUUGAGGGGAGUAAAAAUUUGGUUCUAUCUUCUGAAGUUCUCUCCUCGUCAGAAUCCAUGCAUAUGAAACUCUUGAGUUUUGUUACAGUGGAUAUAGCCAGCUGGCUAUCUGUGAUUUGCGACUGUAUUUUUGUCCGUAUAUAAGAAGAAAAAAGUCAAAAAAUUCUUA